AUGGCGCAUCCCUACCCCUCGAACGGCCUUCCUUCGAACAACGACCGCUCCCAACCUCUCACAACCGGCAAUCGCAAGAAGCAAAAGAGGAGGGCAAAGCAACAGGCGAAGCUGAAUCACGGCUCUGAUGAAGCCUUGUCAGACCACCACUCGCACCUCGGCCAACCUCCGUCUCUGCCCGAAGCCUUGUCAGACGACGACGAGGAGGACGUCGACGCUCCAUAUACUGCGCGACCACCACUAAACGGCAUGAACUCCUAUCCUAGCAAUGACGAUUCAGUAGAACCUUCACGCAAGAAGCGCAACAAGAAGAAGAAGCGAGGCAGCUCUCACCACUCUGUCUAUCCCGACCAUUUGCGCCCCGCUAUGCACCAUUCGCCUAUACCGCAUGCGAUGCCCUUAUCAUCUGGUCCCAUGAGGUCAGCUCAACGCUCAUCUCGACAAGAUCGGAUCUGGAACACAUCGACCCAGGAAGAGCGGGAGCGCAUUAAACAGUUCUGGCUGACACUGAGCGAGGACGAGCGCAAAUCGCUGCUGAAAAUCGAGAAAGAGGCUGUUUUGCGCAAGAUGAAGGAACAACAGAAACAUUCGUGUUCGUGCUCGGUUUGUGGUCGCAAACGAAUUGCUAUAGAAGAGGAGUUGGAAGUGCUGUAUGAUGCAUACUACGACGAACUUGAACAGUACGCCCACCACCAAGGUAGCGAACCAGGACACGGCAUGCUACCACCUCCGCGCAGUUUACCACCCCCACACCUCCACCCCUCCUCCGCCGUACCCAUGCCACUAAGCACCCAUCACCAACAACCCCAUCAUCGGACAAGUCGAGUCCACGAAGUAAUGGACGAUGAAGACGACGACGAUGACGACGACGAAGAAGGAGAAGAAGAGGACGAGGAUGAUGAAGUCUACAGUCAGGAUAUGAGCGAAGAGGAAGAGGAGGAGUACAGCGACGACGCGGACUACAAUAGUGAAGAAGAUGAGGACCCCGAAGACGAAGUACCGCGAGGAAUAGGCAACGAAUUCUUCAACUUUGGCAACAGUCUGACAGUCAAAGGCGGUAUCCUAACUGUAGCCGACGAUCUGCUCAAGAACGACGGCAAGAAGUUUAUCGAAAUGAUGGAGCAAUUGGCCGAGCGCAGAAUGCAGCGCGAACAAGAAGCACAAUAUGCCGCAACGCAGCCGGCGCAUACCUACCCAUCUAACGGACACGACCCGCCGCUUGAAGAUGAAGAUUAUGAGGAUGACGACUACGAGGAUGGCAGUGAGGAUGAGUUUGAGGAGGAUGAAGAGGAAGAGGACGAGAUGGUAACACGGGAUAACUCUUGGGAAGUGGUCACGUGCGUCACUGACAAGGUACAGGGCGGCAUGACCGAGGAGCAACGCAUGGAAGAGGGUCGUCGCAUGUUCCAAAUCUUCGCCGCCCGCAUGUUCGAACAACGAGUCUUGACCGCCUACCGAGAAAAGGUUGCUGCCGAACGCCAACAGAAACUACUGGAGGAGCUGGAGGACGAGGACAAGAAGAAGGAAGAGCGAGAAGCCAAGAAGGCUAGGGACGCCGAGAAGAAGAAGAACAAGAAACAAGCACAGAAGCAGGCCAAGGCCGAAGAGAAGGCCAGGAAAGACGCCGAAAAGGCGGCCGAAGAAGCUGCCGCAAAGGCUGUCGAGCAGGCAAAGCAAGAGGAGGCCAAGCAGAAGAGAGAAGAACAACGCAAGAAGAAGGAGGCCGAGCGAAAGGCGCAAGAGGAAGAGCGACAACGCAAGGAGGCCGAACGUUUGAGACGGCAACAAGAGGAGCGUGAACGACAGCAGGAAACGGAGCGAAAACUCCGUGAGCAGAAGGCACUUGAAAAGAAGCAACGUGAGGAGGCUCGCCAGAAGGAACGCGAGGACAGGGAAGCUCGUGAGAAGGAAGCCAAGGAGAAGAAGGUCCAAGCGGAUCGCGAGAGAAAAGAGCGAGAAGCAAAGGCUAAAGCUGACAAGGAGGCUCGAAUCCAACAGACGCCGCAGAUGGUCAAACGCCCUUCGCAAGCUGGCAUGGUCGCUGUGCCUCCAGGUCUGCUUUCCAAGCAAGCUUCGUUCGCCAUGCCUUCACCACACGUGCCCGUGGCCACGCCUGCUCUGCCAAAGCCCUCUACUCCAGCACAGCCUCGACAGAACUCCUUCCAGGGCCAGAACGCUACUUCACCCAGGUCUCAACAAGCCCCCGCUAUGGCUCCUACCAAGUCGACGUCUCCAGGAGGUGUCUUCAACCACUCCAUGCCCAAGUCAAUCUUGCAAAAGUCCCAGAACCAACAGCCUUUUGCACAACACCAACCCAUGUCACCAGUCAGUCAGUUGCCCCCACCUGGAAUGUUCCAUCAACACCAGAACAACGGCUUCAGUGGGUUCCCCACGAGCAUGUCUGGCUUCUCUGGCUUCGGCGCUCCUCCAGGGCCCAUGAUGCAUCAUCGUCCUUCCUUGCCUGGUUUCGCCAAUGGUCCAUUUGGCAGCGGCCCGUUCCAGCCUAUGCACUCAGCUAACCCAAUGCCCACUCCUCCUCCGGGUAUGAGUGGUCUAGGUAUGAUGGCACAGGGUCGAGGAUACCCUCUUGACAGUCCUCCUGGAUUCCAGCAACAGAUGCCGCCUGUCGGAUCGCCCACUGCUCCACCUGGUUUCGGACUCACACGUCAUAGCAUUGCCUCGCACUCCCGCACACACUCGUCUGAGAAGAAUACAUUCGACUCCAUCAGCUCGCCUGCACCUAUCACACGUCCAACCCCAAUUCAAAGACCCUCUUCUAUCAGACCCAACGACGCUGACAUGGAUGGUCUGAGCAAGCAUCUUGGUAGUAGUGCCCUGCUCGACGACACAGAUGAUCCGCUACCCUCGGUGCCAGAAAGCCGCCGCGCGAGUGCCAUCGCCGGACCUCGUGGAUCAGGUAUGGGUUAUGGUUCGCCUGUGACUCAACCACGCAUGGACUUCCUUGGCGGGAACAGUAGCUGGACGUCGCCCUCAAUGUUUGGUGCCCAGCCUGGCUUCUCUCCAUCCAGCUCAUCUUGGAAUGCAAACUCGAGCAAUGGCUGGCCCAGCAUGCCAUUUGGCGGUCUGGGUCACCGUUCCUCAGGCCCAAACCGUCCUUUGACAAUUCGUUUGGCCGUCUGCCAUGCAUGCAAACAGUUGAACGCACGAGAACCUACGCCUGAGAACUAUCAUCCUGUUGAGACCUUGCUGCGCCAGAUCGAGAGUAAUCGAGUAAUGAUUGACAGCCCGAUCACGAUUAAGGAGAUCGAUGCCAUCUGCGAGACUGAAGGUGAUGCCCAGAAUGGCGGGGGCUUCUUGCAUGCUCGCCACGAUAAUUCCACGCCUGGUGGCUUUGCAGUCAAGUUUGAGCCUGACGCCGGAACUCCUGGUUCCGGAAGACCCUCGCACUCCCUUGGGCCAAUUAGUAGUCCCGUCCCUGGAAAUUCCACUCCUGCCACCGGCUUCGGAGGUGCGACAGCAAUCGGAAGAGGCACAGGUUUUCAGAGCCUAGGCUCUGCCAUGGCCACUUCCGGAUCCUCUUAG